ACCGCGGCAGACCAAACCGGAAGAAAGUGCGCAUUCAGCGUCUGCUCUGCCGAUAAUGCAAGCGUAGAAGAAGAAGUUCCGCUUUUCACCUGUUUAUUUUCUGCCCUGAGCCAGGUGAGCACGAGUGAACACUUUUCAGCGGAUGAUUUCCGAACCUGUAAAGGAAGAGCUUUAUUAAAGAGUACAGCUGUGCCGAUGGUGUCACAACUAAGGACAGAGGGCAUUUCACAACAUCCUGCUGCUGCAGUGACUGAGACAGCCAACAUUGAGACUUCUUUUGAUGAUGUGCCACACUUCACUCCAGUUAAACCAAAACAACCUGGUGAUCGACCUGAGCACUCUCAUGCAAGACUGCAGCUGGUCCUAACAAGCCCUGAAACAACCAAAGAACGCACAUGUCCAUCCACAUCUGGCAGUUAUCGUGCCUUCCCCCCCACAAGGUUAUCUCAAACUGAUAUGCAAGCUCAGAUGGCAGAGGAACGUUUGGAGGAAGGUUUGGAUGUCAGCAUGACCUCAAUUGGUGUUCCUCUAGACCCAAAAGACACCAGUUUUGCUCUUCCAAGCUCAACAUCAACUUCAACUCCAACCUCAGAAGAAACUGAAGACUUGAGAACCUGGGAUGAGAGGAAAUGGCUGGUUGACGAGUCAAAAUUGUUUCAGCUUUUCAAGACUUGCCAUCAGUGUGGAACAGAAAUCAUUCAAAAAAAUGUUCAGAUAUCUGGGAGCUGUAUCAAAAUAUUGUGGGAGUGUCUGAAUCAACAUAGUGAUGAGUGGAGUUCCUGUCCAGAUGUUAGAGGGAUGCCAGAGAAUAAUCUACUUGUAGCAGCGUCAACUCUCUUCACUGGUGCCACGUACACAACAAUUGCUGAUUGGGCUGGACUGCUGAAUCUCCAAAUUCCCAACAAUACAACAUAUUACAAAAUACAGUCUUCAUAUCUAAUCCCAGUCAUCGACAUGGUGUACAACGAGCAGCACAAGGCCAUCAUGGAACAGCUACUGCAUAAACAGUAUACUCUGAAAAAGGGAGUGCAUGUAUCUGGAGAUGGCCGAUCAGACAGCCCAGGCUUCUCCGCAAAAUACAACACCUACAGCUUCAUGGAGGACACAACAAAGGAAAUAAUCCUUUUUCAGUUAGUGCAGAAGGACAACCGAGACCUGCAACCAUGGAUAAAAUCCAUCUGCAAUCACUUGUGGUACGCCUGUUCCACUUGUGGAGGUGACCCUGAUGAUUUGAUAAGGAAGUGGAAAGCACUACUUCAUCACAUCUGUGGUGUGCACCGCUGGGAGGAAGAUGGACAGGAGAUUAAAUGUGUGCAUGCUGACCUUACGUCAGAGGAACAGAGGCGAAAGAGGUGGUUAAGGAGAGACUCUUACGCUUUCAAAGCCCUGACAGCUAUUGCCCUGGACAAAGGACUCAUGAAAGACCUUAGGCAAAUGGCCCUUUUCAAACAUACUGGGAAGCUUGAAGUAUUCCAUGCAUCUAUGCUGAAAUACACAGAGAAGAGACUGCACUUCCACUACUCAACAAUGAAAGCUCGCACCCAGCUUGCCGUUAUGGACCACAAUGAAAAUGUUCAGCGUGAACAGGCCUACACCAACACAGGACAAGCACGGUUCAAUGUGGUUUACCCAAAACAAACAAAAGAAUGGGUCGCCAAAAAGAUCUAUGUUCCAACAACACAAACAUUCCGGCAAAAUCUGGUGGUGCAAGUUGUGCGGAGACGCCUGGACCCCAACAUCAAGAUCAAAGACCACCAGUCAUAUGUUUCUAUCCCUCCCAUACCAGAAAACAUUGCUCAGAAACCAAAGCCUGCCAAAGAGGAAGCCAUACAAAAACAUACUUCCCGAUACAGCAGUUAGUCUGAGUGGUGCAGUAUUUUUACUCUUGCCUUUUUAUAUUUGUAAUUAUGCAAAUAAAAAGUCUAGCUGGUGGCAUGUAAUUUUAACCUUCUUUUUUUUUCAAAAUUCUGGGAUA